AUGCCUAGAUACCCCAGCUGGGGUUUGGACCUACGAUGGAUGCACACGGAUGGUGAUAGAUACCAUCCUCUGCCAAUCUAUAAGAGAAAGCUUGGGAACUCGUUGAUGAUGCCGGUGCGCGAGGUGGCUAUGUUGUUGGUCAUGGACCGCCUGACCGACAAGCCAAACUGGCACAUCAAGGUCUUUGACGACGAGAUUGCCACAAAGUGGAAAGCCGAAGCUCUUGCAUGGCCGGACGAGGACCUGUGGGGCCGCAUUAGCGUUCGUGGACAAGACGAUGACGAUGACGAUGACGAUGAGGUACCGGUACGCAUGCCGACGCCCAUCUUGGACAAAGAGUGCGUCGAGUAUUGUAUCCCGGAGCCGCGACACAAGGCCGAGCACUUCAAGCGCACCGGAAUUACGGUCACUCUCGAUGCGAGCCUUAGCAUUGCAAAGUCGGAUGGCCUUGUGUCCCAGGAGCUGCAGUCUGCCCUACGCGGGUCCUUUGCCCGGCUGAAGGCCGACCAAGGGCCCAACCCAGACUGGCACUCCAAUACCAGCAAGACGGUGCAGAACCUCGUUGACCCAUCCAUGUGCCCACUCGUGUACGGUCGUUCGCUCGUCCUUCGGCCAGAGGUCGUGGGCGUUGAGGAUGCUGUUGAUAAGUUUGCCGGCAAAGGAACGGUGAUCCCGAGGCCGCCAGAAUUGAGCGACGAUAUUGGCCCGUCCAUUGAAAGGAUACCGGCGAUGUGGGAAGGCUACCCACGAUUUGGGGAACUCCCCAUGUCGCUUGAAAACAGGCGCAUUUAUUUGUCCACCAUGUACCACUGGCUCCCCGCGAACGUCGCAAUCACGGGCGACGGUGGCGUGCGAUUCACCAGCUACAUCAACAAUCUUCACCCGAAAAAAUACCACGACACUUACAGCGCCAUUGAGAAGCUCAUAGAGACGGCACUCCGCAUGUGGGACCAGUGCCUUCUACGGGGGUUCGGAACUUCUGGAAGAUUUGAAGACAUCCAGCCUGUGCGCCGCGCACCUCGUUAUCCGACGCCUCACUGCGGCGUCCCCAGACCAUGCGAGUGGGACGCAGACUCAGUACCGGCAAUGCUAGAGAGGGAAGCUGCUGAAAACCUAAGGGGGAAGCUACCAGACUCAACGGGUGAAAACAAAUCGGCCGGGGAGCCAAGUUACGACCAUCUGGACAACGAAGAUCCCAGUGAGUUGGAGAAGCGUUGGCAUGAAAUCCGCAAGCCGGUUCAGGUUCGGCCGAAAGUCUUCUCCGCGAGAAAAGUCAACUAUGCUGUCGACGACCCCUACAAAAAGCUGCGCGCAAGGUUCAGGCACAUUGGUGGCCUCCAGACCAUCGUCAAGAUGAUUUCCAUCGAGCUCACCCCCGAGAACCCCGAGUUCUCUCCUGGCAAGUGGCACGUCGGAGGGCAAAUGAAUGAGCGCAUUGUCGCCACGGCGCUGUACUAUCUCGACUCGGAGAACAUCACCGAUAGCCACCUCGAAUUCCGCUGUUUCACGGAGGACCCCUACCGGACUCAGAGUACCCGACGACUCCGUCAGGCCGGGCUGGACUGGGACUACUCCUGGAUGGAGGGCAUCUACAACACCCGGCUCGGGCCCGGCCGCAGGGAGGGGACCAACCUGCAGAACUACGGCAGCGUCCUGACUCCGCAGGGCCGCCUGCUUGCCUUUCCUAACACCCUGCAGCACCGUGUCUCGGGCUUCCGCCUCGCCGACCCCACCAAGCCGGGCCACCGCCGGUGUAUCACCUUGUGGCUGGUCGACCCCAUGACGCGCAUCAUCAGCACGGCCAACGUGCCGCCGCAGCAGCGCAGCUGGUGGGACGAGAGCGUGUUUGGCGCGGCGCGGCGCGACAAGGAGAAGGCCCUGGCGGGUAUGCCGGCGGAAGUCAAGCUGCUGUUGGCUGAGCGCGGCCUUGUUGGGAAGGAGGUUGCCAACGCGCUGUUGGAGGACAAGGCCGGGAAGGGGACGCUGCCGGUCGAGGUGCUUGAUAUGGUGAGAAAGGAGCUGGGAGAUUGGUGGCCGAUCGGCCCUAAGGAGGCAGAGCAGCACUAUCGGGAAUUGAUAGACCAACGUUCGGGGUUGGGGGAUAAGGCGAAGGAGGAGGGGAUCGGGUAUAACUUUUGUGGGGUUUCUUAA